AAAGGUCCAGAUUGAUUUUAAAAGGCAUUCUUCUUAAAGAUUUUUAAGUGGCAGGAAUUGCCGUAGUUCUUCACUGGACCACAGGUUGGGACCUAGUUCUACCCAAUCAGCCUUUGUAGGUGGAGUCUUGAGCUCUUUCUCGUGCUGGCGAUUGAAUGCAAGGCUCAGCGAUGAGCUGCACCCUAGUCUUCAAAAAAUUUUUUUGAGACCACUUGUGAUCCACUAAAUUGUCUGGGCUGGGCUUGAAGUUGAAAUCCUCCUGCCCAGUCUUCCAGAAUGCUGUAGAAGAAUACAUGUGUACUUCCAGUGAGCAGGAGCAUGUUUCCGAACUCAAUGCUGGGUCGCCUGCCUUUCACUCCAAACCAUCAACAGCGUAAUAACUUCUUUGCCCUGUCACCAACUUUUUAUUCACAGCAGCAGUUUGUAGAUGCACAGUUCAACUUCCAGAAUGUAGACUUAUCUAGAGCUGUGUCAUUACAGCAACUAACGUAUGGAAGUGUCAGUCCAAUACAGACUUCAGCGUCCCCAAUGUUUCGAGGAAGGAAGAGAUUAAGUGAUGAAAAAAACCUGCCUCUUGAUGGUAAACGGCAACGAUUCCAUUCACCCCACCAAGAGCCAACUGUAGUUAACCAGAUAGUGCCUUUAUCAGGUGAACGAAGAUACUCUAUGCCACCAUUGUUUCAUACACCCUAUGUACCAGAGAUAGUCAGAUAUGUUCCUCCUUUUCGAGAAAUACCAUUUUUAGAACCUAGAGAAAUCACACUGCCAGAAGCCAAAGAUAAGUUGAGUCAGCAGAUACUGGAGUUACUUGAAACAUGUCAGCAGCAAGUGAGUGACUUAAAGAAGAAAGAACUCUGUCGGGCACAGCUGCAGCAGGAGAUUCAGCUGCUGUUCCCACAAAGCAGACUUUUUCUGGUCGGGUCUUCUUUAAAUGGAUUUGGUACCCGGAGUAGUGAUGGUGAUUUAUGCCUGGUUGUUAAAGAAGAGCCAUGUUUUUUUCAGGUAAAUCAGAAGACUGAAGCACGACAUAUACUCAUGUUAGUCCAUAAACACUUCUGUACGAGACUUUCUGGCUACAUUGAAAGACCUCAACUGAUUCGAGCAAAAGUGCCGAUUGUGAAGUUCAGGGAUAAAGUAAGUUGUGUGGAGUUUGACUUGAAUGUAAACAAUAUUGUUGGAAUAAGAAACACAUUCCUUCUCAGAACUUAUGCAUACCUUGAAAAUCGAGUUCGUCCAUUAGUGCUGGUGAUUAAGAAGUGGGCAAAUCACCAUGAGAUAAAUGAUGCCAGUCGUGGUACUUUAAGCAGCUAUAGCCUUGUACUGAUGGUUUUGCACUAUUUACAAACCCUACCUGAACCCAUUCUUCCAUCCCUCCAAAAAAUUUACCCAGAAUCUUUUAGUCCUGCUAUCCAGCUGCACCUUGUACAUCAAGCUCCAUGUAAUAUUCCUCCUUACCUCUCAAAGAAUGAAUCAAGUCUUGGGGACCUCCUACUAGGCUUUCUUAAAUAUUAUGCUACAGAAUUUGACUGGAGCAGUCAAAUGAUUUCAGUUCGUGAAGCCAAAGCCAUUCCAAGGCCUGAUGGUAUUGAGUGGAGAAAUAAGUACAUCUGUGUAGAAGAACCUUUUGAUGGAACAAAUACAGCCAGAGCCGUGCAUGAAAAGCAGAAAUUUGACAUGAUCAAGGAUCAGUUUUUAAAGUCAUUUCACAGAUUGAAAAACAAAAGAGAUUUGAACACUAUACUACCUUUAAGAACUGCUAUCCUGAAAAGAUAACUGGCCUCUAUUUCUUACAGUCUUCUGAGAAAUAAAGAACAAGAGUUAUAUCAUAAUGCAUUUUGUUUACCUCCAUCAUGGUUUCUUUUUAAUUGUUCUUGUUUUCAUGUUUUAUUUUUAAAAGGUCAUACUUCUAUAAAGAGUGCAUAUUUUAUUAUGGCAUUUCCUAAUAAAAUCUUUUGAUUUAAAAAUGUAUUUUUGAAAAUGUUUACAUCUAUGAUUAGUAAUACUAUGGCAUGAAUUUUUAGGCAGUCAAAUUAAAUACAUUUUGGGAAAUUACCUGAACCAGUAACAGAUUUUUGCUAUAACUUUAACUGUUACAUGCUAAUAAUGGAGUUGUGUGGAAUUUUGCAAAGGUUCUAAUUCAUCAAACUUAAAAAUGUCAUCUAUAGAGAUGGUUUAUUGUCUUAAGUCUGUUCUAAUGAAGUGAAAAUUUAAGUCAGCUUUUCAGUUACUUGAAGUAAAACCUUUUAUUUCAGUGAAAUCACUGCAGAGUUAUGAAAUACUGAACAGUUGCCUCUAAGUCUUCACUUACCUCCCUGAGAUAGACUGAGACUUUUUGACUGUAUCCAUGUAGCAUUUCAGGAGUACUUUCAGAGCUUUUUAGACACACUCUUGAGAUUGCUUUAGAUUCUGUGUGGAAACAAUAUGUUUUGCACUGUAGUACAGUAAUGUGAGCACUGACUGUUACUGUCACUGAAUUGUUAGUGAGUUGGUUCAGACUUUGAAAAGAUUGUUUCCUGUGCUUCGUGAUAGCAGAGUGCAAUGUGCACUUUUGUUUUCCUGCUUUUAUUUUUCUUGUGACAUGAAGCACAAACUGAAACAUUAAAUUUCAGAUUAUAUCCUUUUUAUAGAAUCAGAUUUUUUUCUAUGUGCAGUUACAGACAUAAUCUAAACUGGAAUUUUUAGGCAGUAAGCCACCUCAAAGUGUUUCAGGUAAGACAUAAUAAAAUUAUUGUAAAGAACAGCUUAAUGUUUAUAAAAUACCUUUUUUAGUAUUUUACACAUGAAAGUGGUGGCUGCUUAAAAAGCUACAAUGUUUAUUAAAGUUGAUUUUGACUUACAUAAGUAUUUGUAAAUUGGUCAAUGCCUAUAAAUUUAAAUAUAAAAGAUUCUCUUGAAAACAAGUUUUAACUUUUUCUAAAGGACUGCAAAUUUCUUUCAGACCUGCUGUAGAACAAUUUGUACCUAUAAUGAAUUUUUUGCAGGCCAACUCAGAAGCUAAAACUUGCUUUUCUUUGACUUGUAAAAGAUUCAUAUUUUCAUGUUCUUAAUUUUUAAUUUUUGUAUGUCAAAUAGAAUAAAGUUUAUAUAUAGAAUUUGUUGAGUAUCCUUUACAGUGAAAGUCUUUGCUUUUGAAAUGAGGCUGAGGCUGUAGUUAUCAUCUUGAUCUGAUUUGAAUGUUUUAUGCUUGUUUAUUUAGAUUAAAAUAGAAUCUGGAAAUUCAGUUCACUUGUCAGAUUAACAAGCCACAUUAGCACCCCAUUUCUCUGGCAUUGUUAGGAAUGAAGGUUUGCACAUAGGUGAAUUUAUAAAAUUAUUUAUGUGUAAAAUACUGUACUUUAAAUACAGUUGAGUUUAUGAAUUUUUUUCUUGAAAAAGUCUCAAAAUUUAUUUUUCAUUGUGAACCUCUUCUGUCAGACUGUGUUAAGUAUAAUUGGUUAUUCUAGUGAUGAGUCUGAAUAGUCAUUGAAUAAUAGCCAUAGUACACAGUUCUGUGAUACUGUGCCAGUCUCAGGGAUAACUAAGAGUGAAAGGUGCUCUCCCCCUACAGUAUUGUGACAUUUCCUAAUAAAACUCUAGAAGUGAUCCCAGUGUGGCCUCCCUCACUGCCACUCUUCUCAGCUUUUACUGACCUUGUCCUACUAUGUUUCAGCUUAUUCUCCGUAGCAAAUAGGUGAAGAAGUUGAUCAACUUGAUUUUAAACCAAUGGCUGACACAAGAUAAUGCAAAUGGUAGAAUUGUUUAGACCUUUUUUCCUUCUUGGUUACUUAUUUGAUGAAUACUAAAUCAUUUUAUUUUUAUCUGCAUUUCUAUAUAUUUGCGUGUGUUGUUGCUGUUAGAAAUUUAAAAGAUGUCCACUUUGUAUAGUACAGUUGAAAAUUUGGAUUGAUUCAGUGUCUUUGCAGAUAAAUCUUGCAAAUGUUAAUGUUCCUAAGAGUUUUUGAGUUAAACAGAAGAAAUACGAUGGCUGCCUGUAGUUUUGAUUAGUUUUUAACAAAUUCCCACAGCUAGGAAUUGUCCUGUGGAAGCAUGGUCAUUUGGGACUCCUGAGGAAAAGCCUUGCUAGGGUUACAAGAAUGAGUAUUGCUGCUGUUUAACCUGGGCUAGUAAAACCCGGAAGGCUGGACUCUGCUUCUUUAUUUCCUGUGCCCAUUAAUGGUUGCUUUUGUACGGGACCAAGCUGUCUGUAUUAUGUUGUCCCCCAACCUAAUGUGUGUAUACAAGGUGGUGAAAUACCCGGCCUCCAUUCAUCACCUCUAACAACUCUGUGAAUAGUCCGUUACAAUUAAAAAUAAAUGUUCGCUGUCCUGGC